AUGGAUACACUAAUAAACUUGCUUGAAAUCAAACAAGAAGACGUAGCAGGAGAGGAAGAAGGCAAUGGACACUCACCGCAAUCUCACGAUAAAAUAUCGACAAAACGAAAAAGGAAAUCAGAUUUAAGAACUUCGCUCGAUCAGUCAAUCAGAAACGGAAAAUUCAAUUUGCUAGUUGCUGGAUUGGCAAUUCACAAUGCAUACGAGAACGGAAGACCUGGAAUUCCUCAAGACAUUGCUGCGUUUGCAGCAAAAAAUGCAACGUGUGUUCCGUUUCCUCAAAUGCCAGAAUGUUUGUCAUCAGAUCCUCUGAAUAUGAAUUCUAUGAUGCAUGGAUACGGUUUGGCUGCUCAAUUAGCUAUGGCGGCUGCAAGUAAAACUUCGAAAGCAGUUCGAAUCAUAACUCCAACGAAGGAUAAUUUCAACUUCGUCUCCGAUUCUCCGUCAUGUGUCAAAUCAGUGUACUCAUACCCAUCUACGUAUCCAUUUUCAGGUGAACUAAUCGCAAUUGACUCGAUUCCUUUGAUGGAUUCAAGUACUCCUGCUCACAUUCGACUUCAAAAUUAUCUGUUCCAACUUCUUGGAAAAUCGUGUAUAAAUCGACCUGAUAUCCAACGUUUCUGGAUUAUUCCUGGAGAAAAGAAUCAUCGUUACGGGGAUCCGAAACCAUUUCCGAAAGAGUUGUUCGAAAAUCUUCAGCAGCUAUUCUUGGAAUUCUUCCAGUUGGACUAUGAUGAUCUCGAUGAACCGGAAUAUUGUGACGAGUUUUCAGAAAUGCUGAUUCUGAGAGAACACCCAGAUUACGAAUCAAAAAAACUGAAGUUUGAAGAAAUGUCAGCAGCAAGAAAGGUGUUCAAAACAUCCAUUUUCUUAUUAGAAUUCAAAGCAGCUCUCAAAGAACUUCGCCAUGGAACAUUUGUUUUUACUAGUGGAACAUCCGAGGGUCAUUUUGCAAAAAGACAGCGACACAUUUCAAAAAGGCUGCUUAACCGAGAUGAUGAGCACAAAGAAAAUGGAGUUCUUCCAAAACAAAAAGAAAUAAAGAGAGAAAAUGACAGUGGUGUUGCAGAUGUGGGUUGA